CACUUAUAUAGCCUUUCAGUUUGAGAAAGCAAGUUAUUACAUAAUCGAUAAUUAAUUAACCAUGUCAACUAUAUCCUUCACCAUAUUCAUCCUUGCUCACGUGUGGCUUUUGAUGGCAACAACGUCAAUAGCUCAGUUUGUCAUCGACACAAGUGGUGAACCCGUUGAGGAUGAUGAGGAUUACUUCAUCAGGCCUGCUAUCACAGGCAAUGGAGGAGGUGCUACUUUCGUCACCGGAAAUGCACCAUGCCCUCUAAAUGUUGGUCUUGGCAAUGCUGAGGUUGCACAUGGUUUGCCUGUGACAUUCAUUCCUUUUGCUCCCCAUCAUGAUGAUGACGAAGUGAGGCUUAAUAGAGACUUGAGAGUAACAUUUGAUGCUUCUUCAAGUUGUGCGCAAUCAACACAAUGGAGAUUGGGUGAGAAGGACGCUACGAGUGGAAGGAGGCUGAUUAUCACCGGAAGAGAUGAUAGUACAGUUGGAUCAUAUGGUAACUUCUUUAGAAUUGUGCAAACACAAACAGUUGGUGUGUAUAACAUCCAAUGGUGCCCUACAAAGGUGUGCUCAACUUGUAAGUUUGAAUGUGGGACUGUCGGUGUUAUUCGUGAGAAUGGGAAGAUUCUAUUGGCCCUCGAUGGUGGUGCCCUUCCAAUUGUAUUCCAGAAAGAAUAAUUUGGAUGGUGAAAGUUUAUAUUUAUGUGGUUUGUUAAUGUACUUUUGUUGUUUUCUUGUUUACCAAUAAAUAUGGAGCUAUCGUUCAUUUUAGUUAUCAUGACAAAAAGAGAG